AUGGGAAACAUAUCCUCGUCGCUCCCGGUGCGCAAGGAGUCGAGUAUAAAUAAUGGAUUCACGGGGAUUGCGCAAGAUACGCCGACUGGCAGUUCGAAGUUGAAGAGAAGUCGGACCGAGACGCACACCGAAAACUGGGCGGUGACUCCUCGUGUCCUUGUUGUCGAGGAUGAUCUUGUAGCAAGGGGACUUUCGAGAAAAUUUCUGCAGGUGACCGGAUGUGCAAUCGACGUUGCUGAAGAUGGGCUCAAGGCGGUCGAUAAGAUGAAGUCAAAGAAAUAUGAUUUAGUCUUAAUGGAUAUCAUGAUGCCUAGGCUGGAUGGAAUAUCGGCGACGACCCUGAUUCGGAAAUUUGACCAGAUGACACCUAUAAUCUCGAUGACGACAAAUUCAAAGCCAGCAGAGGUUGAAACCUACUACUCAAAUGGUGUGACCAAUUGA